AUGGAUCUCAUGACGUCUGUUCGUUUUCAGUCCCUCUUUCACUUGACUUCUACAAUCGCUCGGUUCGAAGUGCAUUUGAAUACGACCCCAAUGGGCACGACAGUCUCUUCGCCUGCCUGGUCACCCGGAUUUUGUUACAAUAAGCCUUCUUCACUUGUUAUUGGCAGUGUACCAACCUCGGAUUCUGGAAUCUCAACAGCAGCGGUCCCUUGUCCAAGUCUCCCUUCUGCCCACAUGGUAGGCCGAAAUUUUGGUGAGCAUACGCUGAUUAAAGGCAGCAACUUGCUCCUUUCGGCAGAGGUAGGGCAUAAUGGAGACCCCGAUAUCUCCUACUUAACCAUGGAAGUUGGCCGGAUGGAACUACUAUUCACAGAAUUCGUGUAA